AUGGAUCUUUUAAAUAGGUGGAGAUCCGAAGUAGGGCUGCAAAAUUUUGUAGCUCUAUGCAGAAACUUUAUGGAACUUCACACAGUGGCAGCUCUACCUCCAUGGCUCAACUUGUGCCUUGUUUCUAUUUGGAAACUUCAUCCACAACGUCUUGGUUUCAAUCCUUGUGGUGAUGGCUGGGUAGGAAUUGGGUGCACGGAUUCACGUGUCACCUCCAUAACAUUGGGAAACUUGGGCUUGGAAGGGCAGGUCUUUGGUGACAUUCCAUCCUUAACUGAAUUACAGACUUUGGAUCUAUCUUACAACAAGCUCCUGACAGGAUCUCUUCCAGAAUCAAUUGGGAAUUUAAAGAAGCUAAUACAUUUAAACCUUGUUGGCUGUGGUUUCACUGGUCCAAUUCCUGACACAAUAGGAAAUCUACAACACCUGGCCAUUUUAUCUCUAAAUUCCAAUUACUUUGAAGGACAAAUUCCACCAUCCAUUGGUAAUCUAUCAAAACUAUAUUGGCUGGAUCUGGCUGACAACCAGCUGGAGGGAUCAAUUCCUGUGUCAAAUGGAAUUACAUCUGGCCUUGACAAGUUGGUCCAUACCAAGCAUUUUCAUUUGGGAAAGAAUAAACUUUCAGGCAAAAUCCCGGAGCAAAUUUUCAGCUCAGACAUGGUUCUGGUACAUGUGUUAUUUGACAGCAACAAGCUCACUGGUCCUAUCCCUUCAACCCUUGGGCUUGUGCAAUCUUUACAGGUGAUACGUUUUGAUAACAAUUCCUUAAGUGGGAGUGUUCCGUCAAACCUCAGCAAUCUCACAAGUCUUCAAGAACUGUAUUUGUCCAACAAUAAGCUCAAUGGCUCUUUACCCUCCCUUACUGGCAUGAGCAAGCUCAACACCUUGGACUUGAGUAAUAAUAGCUUCAAUACCUCUGCGAUUCCUAGAUGGGUUUCAUCUUUGUCAUCCUUAACAACACUAAGGAUGGAAAAUGCUCAACUUCAAGGUGAAGUUCCGGUUUACCUUUUCAGCCUUCCAAAUUUGCAGACUGUGGGGCUCAAACACAACAGGUUAACUGGCACCUUGUCUAUAGGCAUGGAAUUUAGCAACCAACUGAGCCUAGUAGAUUUGCAGAACAAUGAGAUUACUGACUUUGAUGGAACAGGAGGAAAAAACAUUCAGAUAAGGUGAGAGAAUCA